CUGGACAUGAGUUAGAUGCGUGGGGAAACAAUCUGGAUCUUCGGAAUCCUCUAAAGAAAAUCCACUUUCCUGCAUUGGCUAAGAGACAUGGUGUGACCAUUUUCAAUGGAUGACUCUAACUCUCAGACAUCUGGGAGGAGUCUGUACGAGACGCUGGGUUUGGUGGAGAAUGCAACUUUUGACGAAGUGAAAUCAGCAUUUAGAAAACUUGCAAAACAGUACCAUCCUGAUAAGAACCAUGGGGACCCGAAGUCUGCCGAGAAGUUCAAGGAGAUUGAUCUGGCCUAUAAAAUCCUCCAGAAGAGGCUCAGCAACAGAGAUGCUGAGGGGAAGGAGAGGCUCAAGAACGGAAUGGAAGUUGCAGUCAUGCAUUACACCGAUAAAAUGAGCCGAUUGACUGGAGGGAAUUUGAUCAGGGAGCAGGACCUGAUCGAUGGCGAUAAAAGACUUCGAAAGGAAGCUGUUGAAGUUUUACGUAGGAUUGAAGUGCAAUGGCCGCAACUAUUAGAAAAAUACAUCGACGAAUUGGAAAAACUUCUGGAGGCCCAGUAUGAGGUCUAUGCGCAGAAAAGGGGUGAAGGCGAGAGAGCAGCGGUGAAGAUGCUGAAAAACGCCCUGAUCUCAGCUGCGAGCGAGUAUGACAUCCAGUUGAGCCGAUUGUGCCAAGAAGCCGAAAUCAGUGAUGAGAAGCUGAUGAAGAGAGAGAAAGUAUUUUAUAAGCGGGCAUUUGCGUCUUUCUUAGAAGAAGGAGCACACUGCCCCUAUCUAGCAAAGGAAUUUAAGGAAGAGCUGAAAAAGCUUUUGGACGAAAAGUACGAAUUGAGGGCGAAACGUACAAAGGAACAUAUUGAGUCCGCGGAUCAGACACAGCAUUCCAAAAAUGAGAAGAACGGGAAAGGGAAUAAUAAGGAUAAUGCACAGGUACGGACGGUAAAAAAGUCACGCAAACGCCGUGCUCCACAACCACCGACCCAGAAAGAAAGCACUGUCAUCCCUCAGUCAACUCCAUCGCCUCCUCAGACGCAACGCUCUCCCAUUCUUCGAUCAGCGGAAGAAAGGAAGGAGAAAUGUCGAGUUGUGUAUUCAUAUGACGCUCAGGAGUCCAAUGAGCUCACAAUUUGUGAAGGGGACAUCGUGACCAUAUUGAAUAUGGAUGACGUCGGCUGGUGGUACGGAGAACUCCAAGGUCGCAAGGGAUUAUUCCCUUACAAUUACGUUGAAAUCAUCUCCGACUCGGACCAGGUGAUGUUAUCUUCUGACUAUUGUCAAAUAGACGACAAUGAUGCGCCAAGUGAAGAUACAGUUUUAAACGCGCAUAAUGGUGACGAAAGUAUCCCAAGUGAAGGUUACAUGAAACCCACGCUGGCAACACAUAAGGAUGAAUGGAAGCUCCCUCCAUGGAUGAACGAAAUUUAUUCCUCUAUCCUCUUCAAACACUUUGCUCGGCAGUUCAACAAAGACAAUGAGAGAAUUGAAGACCAAAUGUCCGACUACACCUUCAUGCAAGAUGGUGCUCCUGCUCACACAGCUGAAGCUAUCAUUGCCUUUCUUCGGAAAGACUGUGCGGACUUCAUUGAGCCAGACUGCUGA